UGAGGAGCAUUAGAGUGGAAGAGCCGAUUCAUAGAAGAAAGAUAGGGAGAUGUAAACACACACGCACAGCAGAGAAAAAGAAAUUAUAAUUAUCUUGAUAGAAAAAAGAACCAUGUCUCGUUGAUGUUUGCUGGCGUGACGUAUGCAGCUCGGGGGAGGGGGAAAUGUAACGGCGUGCUAUUCGAAAAACGACUUAAAAUAGCAAGUCGUACUGGGAAAGUUGGAUGCACCUAAUGUUUCUGUGUAUGAAGAGCUUCCUCGACAUUAUUUCAUCAGUUGUCUUGACAUCUGGAGUGAAGAUAUUGGGAUUGUUACACUCACACAAUUGGAGCUACCUGUUGGGAGGGAUUUUAUUCGGAUUUCGUCCACUUGUGAACGCGUGGCUUUGGAUAAAACAGCUUUGUAAUUAAUUGAUAAAGAGUAAUUGGAGUACGAAAUGGUCGAUUACGGAUUAACGGAAGAACAAGUAGCAGAAUUCAAAGAAGCUUUCCUUCUUUUUGAUAAAGAUGCCGAUGGCAUGAUAACGGCGGCUGAACUUGGAGUUGUUAUGAGGUCUCUAGGACAGCGACCUUCAGAACAUGAACUAAAGAAAAUGGUGACCAUGGUAGAUAAAGAUGGAAACGGAACGAUAGAAUUCGACGAAUUCUUGAGUAUGAUGUCCAAAAAGCUCCAAGAAUCCGACAGCGAGACGGAAUUGCAUGAAGCAUUCAGGGUGUUCGAUAAAAACGGUGAUGGAUUCAUCAGUCCGGGAGAGCUGCGGCAAGUCAUGACAAAUUUGGGAGAGAAGCUGUCAGAUGAAGAAGUCGAAGACAUGAUAAAAGAAGCAGAUUUGGACGGGGACGGACUCGUCAACUACAAAGAAUUUGUUUUGAUCCUGACGUCGGCCAAAUAGAAGCAGGCGCUCUCUCUCAGGAACGAGAGAAGAUUGUGAACUUGUGAAGGUCUGUUCUAGCAGAUACUGUUCCGCAUUUGGCCUCCACGCUGAAUUCCAAAAAUACGUUUUGAGUCUGCGACAACGAACUGUUAAACUGUGUGAAGUGGUCCCGCUCUGUGGAGGGAUACGACGCCUACAAUUUUUGCCUCGCGUUUAUUUUCUGCUACGCUUGCUACUUUAUUGGCGCUUCAUCACGCAAGAUUUCCGUAGUUGCAGAAUUCCCCCCAAAGACAUCGCAGAUGUCACUUUGGGUUUCGGCCAAAACAUCCAUUUACGAAUAAUAGGUCAGAUGGUUUGAUGUUCCACACGCGAAUCAUUCACUCCUAUUCAAACAGACGUUAAUAACGUCUUAUACGAGGACAAAGAAGUAGAAAGUGCUAGCAAAAUGAGUGUCGCACAAAUAUAAAAUAACUGUCUGUAAGUAUAGGGUAACAACAGUGCUGUUCACAAGCUAAUAUGGUUGAAGAAACUGUACGAAUUUCAAUCUGAUUGCUUCUGUCAUGAACAAGAUACAAUAAUCUUUCAUCAAGGAAUUGUUUGAAUUGCUAAUAGUAAUUACAUCUGAUUUGGAAUAUUGGCUGUUAAAUGUAUAUAAGGGUGCCAAACUUAUAUUCGACAUUCGUUAACGUCAAAAUAAUUUAGAAUUAAAUAUAUAUUUUUUUUCUUGUAAACAAUAUUGCACAUAUUUAUUACAAAAAGACAUAAAAAGGAUAUCCUUAAACAUAAAAUAUAUCGUUUUCCACGAAUCAUUCUUU